AUGACAAAGGAGGAGUUCCUAGGGAUCUCUUGCCGCAACCAAGAAGAUGCACCAGACCACUUGAACCACACUGUUUCAGAUUCGGCUCAACCACCUGGAUCGCAAGGCACCAAUCAACAGUUCAGAUCCCAAUCAACCAAGAUCAAUCCCUUUCCAACAACCAACCACAACCAUUUAUCAACAACCACCAACUUCUACCCUUCACAAACGUCACAAUUUGCAAUGGGUCCCUUUUAUCACCCCCAGAUGGGGUGGGCAACCCAACCGUGGGUAUGGGGCCCUCAGCCAAAUAUCUAUCAGUCUCACCCGGUGAUGCCAACAGCAAUGGCUCCAAACACUCUCCAAAGUCAAACCAAAUUGGUUUCCUCCCUGGCGUGUUCAGAAAUCAGUGCUGACAUCAACAACUAUUUUCAUUUUUGCCAUGUUGAUCCGGAAUGUGAGGUGGUCAACAAGGUUCUUUCUGAGUAUGGAAUUACUGACUACUCUGAAUUUGAGCACUUUGAGGCAGGUGAGCUGGAAGCACUUGGAGUCAAGAAGAGUAAUGCCAGGUCCCUUGUAUCCAGAGUCCAAAAGUUCAAGCAGGGUCUUAAAAAAGACAUCAACAGAAGAAGUAUUGAUCUCAACUGGUUGCUUUGUACUUGUUUCAUCCUUUAA